AUGAUGUUAGUCAAGUCUGGCCUUCUGGCUACCAUGCUGGCUGCUUCGGCCGCCAACGCCCAUAUGAUCAUGAGCAACCCCGUCCCCUACAGCAAGGACUCACUCAACAACUCGCCGCUGGCGGCAGAUGGUAGCGAUUUCCCUUGCAAGCUGCGCGCCGAUGCCUGGGAAGUCACCACGCAGAAUAUCAUGCCCAUCGGCGAGUCUCAGAAGCUGGCCUUCAUCGGCAGCGCCACCCACGGCGGCGGCUCGUGCCAAAUCAGUCUGACCACCGACCUGCAACCCACCAAGACUUCUUCGUGGAAGGUCAUCAAGUCCUUCGAAGGCGGAUGCCCAGCCAACGAUACCGGCAAUCUCUCUGGCGGAGCGACCAUGGUUGAUCCAUACCACUUCGAAUUCGCCAUCCCCGAGGGCAUCGAGACGGGCAAGUACACCCUGGCCUGGACCUGGUUCAAUCGUAUCGGCAACCGCGAGAUGUACAUGAACUGCGCACCUGUCACCGUCACCAGCGGCUCUUCGAAGCGCGACACCGAAAUGGUUGAGAAGCGUUCCACCAGCUUCCCUCCCAUGUUCGUCGCUAACAUCAACGGCUGCACCACCACAGAAGGCAUCGACAUCCGCUUCCCCGAUCCCGGCGACGUGAUCUCGUAUGAUGGUGCGCCGGCAAAUCUUCAGCCCAAGGGCGAGGCUGCCUGCAGCGGUACUCCGACCUUCGGUGGCUCUGGAGACACAGCCUCUGGCUCUGAUGCCAGCUCUGGUUCUUCCGGUCCCUCUGGCUCGUCCGGCUCUUCGUCUGCCGGAGCUGCCGCUCCCUCAGCCACAUCCUCGAGCACUCCCUCGGCAGCGUCCCCCGAGCCCAACCCCCCAACUGCCUCCGAGCCAACUUCCUCGUCCGCCUCGGCUGCCCCAGCUCCAUCUUCCUCUGACAGCGCCGGUCCCAGCUCGGGCUCGGGCUCCAGCUCGGGUACUCUGAGCGGCUCCUGCAGUUCCGAAGGCGAGUGGAACUGCAUUGACGGUAGUUCCUUCCAGCGCUGUGCGAGUGGCCAGUGGUCCGCCGUUAUGCCAGUGGCACCAGGCACGGAGUGCGCCGCGGGUCAAAGCACGGAUCUAUCCAUCACGGCCACCAAGAAGGCGCGUUCGAUAAUGCGCUUCCGCAAACGUGCCGCUACUCUCGAGUACCACGCGUAA